AUGCAGAAUAGUAUGCUACCGGUGGAGAUCCUUGACAGGAUCGUCCAGUUUUCCUAUCAGCAAGAACUCCUGGUGCUCAGCCGCACGUCCAGACAGCUUCAGCCGCUCGCUGAAACCAGGAUCUAUGAGGCCGUCUUGCUUCGCGACAACAAUGCUGCAUUCCGCGCAUGCCAAGCUCUUGCUGCAAGAGACUUUGUCCGUUGCUCAUACGUGAAGCGUUUCUACUUCUGGCAAGACCAACGCUUCUGUCAACGCGGACCUAUGCCUGAGCCUUUCUGGCGGCUCAUCCAGACUGUGCUCACGAAGACAGUGAACCUAGAAAACUUGUACAUGUAUGACGACUCCUUCUCAAACACGUGGAUCUUCCAAGCCCAACUGCCUUUUCAGCUGACUGAAGCUUGGUUGAACUUCCGCUGGGACGACAAGCUCGUAACCUUUCUGGAACGGCAGGAUCGUCUAAAGGUCCUAUACUUAACUUCGGGGCCAUAUGACGAAGAGGUUUCUCAUCGUGCGCCGCAGUCUGGUAGCCUUCCUGCGCUCGAGACUGUGGAGGCACCCAUGCAUGUCACGUUCGACCUCCUGGCGUGCAGCACCCUACGCCUGUCCUUCAUGAUCGACGACGACAACGCGCUGCUCUUCUCCAACUUCCUUGAAGCGAUGGCGAGCACAAACAAGACACUCCGCAGCCUGCACGUCAUCGCCGUGCCCGAAUUCCUCGCGACGGACACCCUGCGUAUUCUCGGCUCGUCGACCCUGGCAACGACGCUGCGUCACCUCGGCGUGCUGUCGCUGCCCCUAGGAGAACAUGACACACAGCGCCACCAGCUACACCGAUCAUUGCUGAGCUUCUCGAGGCUCGAGACUCUGCAGGUGGAUGUCGCGCACUGGCAGAAUGGCGCAAUGAUGCCGCACGCCCACCGUCUGCUGGCGACGGAACUCCGAACGUAUUGUCCCACCCUUGUGCGGAUAGUCUUCUGGCAAGGCGUGAGCGAGACGGUCUGGCGCUUCGACGAAGACAACGGACAAUGGAAGGGCCAGCAGGUGCCCGGUCCACGCUACGCGCAGCGGGAACAUCUGUGGCGUGAUGUCUGA